AUGGCUGAAGACGAGAAAUCGCAACUCGACCCACUUCGCACCUACGAGCUCCGUCUCCUUCGCUGCUCUAUACCGUCCGAUCACCUAGACGAAACCCCACCUCCUCCAUCUAAGCUGUCCAAUACCAGCACCGCGUCUCAGCUCCACUCCCUCAUCGAAAACCUUCUCCAAUUAAUCGAGUCCGGACAGUACCGCCAUGCUCUAUCCUCAGAAGCAGGCCGAACCCUCUUCAAUUUCAACUCUUCCCACCUCCCUUCUUUGUUUGAUUCCGCUGAUCAAUUUUACAAUGAGUCGGUUGUCAAGUGUGUCGAAUCAUUUAUAUAUGGCGAUAAUUGUGAAGAGAAUGACAAUGAGAAGUGUUAUAGAGCGUUUUUGGUCAUGGCCAUUGCCGUUGCUGCUCUUCUUUCUUUCACUCAGUGCAAUAUAACUGGGCCAAUAGAGAAGUUCCCUUUGAUGCCUAUUAUUGGCUUGUAUUUAGAAGAGGAUGAUGAUUGUGCUGAUUGGGAGGAGUGGGAAGGGUGGGCACGUAAGGAGCUAAUGUCGGUAGGUUCUGACUUGCUUGGGAAAUUUUCUUCUUUGCAGGUCCUGUAUAAGUAUAACGUUUUAGUUAAUGGGUUGGGGGAUUUUGCUUAA